AUGAAUACUAUAUUUUAGGUUUUGAAUGCUUAACAACUAUCACUAUCAGGUUCUAAGCUUAAUAUUCUAUCAAAAAAUAAAUCAAAUUCAACAAUUCUAAUUUUUGAUUGUGAUUUCCUUUUGUUUAGGGAGUACAUGAUAAUAAGUUAGAAUAUAUAAACUGUAACCUGUGAUCCAAAUUUAUAAAAUCUACUCAUUUUUGAAGAAUAAGAACAAGAAUAGAUGACUAAACUUUAUUCAGCCACUUUAGAAUAAUCUUUUACUCCUUUUUAAAAUAUAAAGAUUCCAGCUAUUAAAUUAAGAAUGGUUGAUUGGUGCAACAGUAGAAUUUGUGCAUUAAUAUUUGAAAAAUACAUUAUCUUAUAUGAUAUUUUGUUAAAUAAAAUCUUAACAAAUAUAUAAGCAGAAUUUAAUUAAAUUAAUAGAUUUUUAAUUUCUAAAAAGUUAACAUAAAUAUUUUGUUAAUAUUAAGAAAAAGACAAUAAUUCAGUUUGUUUAAUACUAGCAAUUGAGAAUUAGAUAGAGGUCUAAAAGUUUAAUAAUUGUGUAUCUUGUAAAAUAAUUUAAGAAUAAGAUGAUAAUAAUUUUUUGAUGGUUUAAUAUAAAACUAAUAGUUUAAUAAUAAUAUUAGCUAAGUUUGAUGAAGAAUUUAGAAUAGAAAAAGAAAUUCAGUAAAAUCUAUCUAAUCCACCUCAAGGUAUUAUUAAAGUUGGAUAUCAAAAGAAAAAACAAGCACUUAUUUUACUUGAUUAAAACUAAAAUUUGCAUAUUUUUUCAAUUAAUUCCAAUUUUUAGAUCACAUAAAAAAUUCAAAAUAUUCCAAAUAUCAUAUAAUUUAAUAUUUCUCUUUUAAAUGAAAACUUAAUAAUAUUAGACAAUAAAAAUCAAUUAAUCUUAAAAGAAAUGCCAGCAUAUCAUUAAAUAAGAUAAUCAUAAUCAUAAUUAUCAUAAUCAUAAUCAUAAUAACCAUAAACUUUAUCAUUAGCUUCUUAGGUUAAAAAAAGAGCUAUUUAAGGUAUUUUAACUGAUCCAAAUAUUGUGAAAUCAACUGAACUUUUGAUUCAAUAAUAUGAAUCAGAUUUUUAUAAUUUGAGCCCAAAAUUUAGAAGUAUAAUAAAUCUAAAUUUUUUAUAUCGGUUUUUACCUUUAGUAGAUUUUAGAAUUUUAAAUCUUAAUUAUUAAGAGAAUUCAAAAUUUAAGGAAUUAAUUCCAAAGAUGGAUACUUAUGCUGAAACUUAAAGUGUUAAGAAACAUUUAAAGUAAUUAGAAGCUGCACUCAAAGGAGAUAAUCCAAUUUUAUGUGAAGGAAGUGCUGCUUGUGGCAAAACUUCAAUAAUUUAAUAUUUGGCUUAUAAAAAUUAAUAACCAUUAAUAAUAAUGAAUCUUAGUUCAUUUACUUAAAUUUCUGACUUUAUAGGUAAAGUUGAAAUUUUACCAGGAUUUAAAUUUGAAUUCUAACUUGGUCCUUUUGCUAAAGCUGUCUAAGAUGGUUUAUGGAUACUUUUGGAUGAAGCUAAUUUGGCAAGUGAUUCAAUUCUUAGAGUAAUUGAAGAUGUUCUUGAAAUUGGAUAUAUUACUAUAUAUGGUAGUUCAAUUAAUUCUCAUGAAGAUUUAGUUGAUGGGACAUUAACAAUAAGAAAACAUUAAAAUUUCAAACUCUUUUUAACUUAAAAUCCUGCAACAGAUUCAUAAUUUGCAGCUUCUAGAAAUAUCUUUUCUCCAUCAUUAAUGAGUCAAUUUAUUUCUAUUAAAUUUGAACCUAUGAGUUUGAAUGAUUUAAAUUUCAUUAUUGAUUAAAUUAUAGAUUAGAAGUAAUAAGAAUUAAAUGAAUAAUUAGUACAAGAAAUAUCUAUUUAAUAAUUAUCUUCUUUGAUAAUGAUAAUAUAUGAAGAAAUUAAAUAGAAAAAUAUGGAUGAUGGAUUAUUUACUUUAAGAGAUAUAGUAUAAAUGAUUGAUCUAUAUUUUUUAUCUCUUGAAUAAACAAAAGAGAAAAUCUUUGAAAUAUUACCUUUAAGUGAUUGUAUGAAACUAAUAUCAACUUAGUUCAUCUAUUUAUAAAAAUAUCGUGAUAUAAUUAAUUAUUAAAUUGAUAAUAAUCUACUUAUUGCUAAUACAAAUAUGUUAUUUGUUUAAACUAAAGAUUAAAGAGAGUCUUAUAUAUAAAAUUGGAAUAUAAAUUAACCACUUAAAUUUCUCUCAUUUCAUAAAUAUUUGUUUCCAAUGUUAACUUUGUGUUAUAAAACUAAAAGAGCAGCAUUAAUUGUGGGAUAAUAAUAUUGUGGAAAAUUAUCAAGUGUUCUUAUUUGGCUAAAAAUUUUAAAUAUUUAAUAAUAUGAGGUAUUAGAAUUAUCAUCUAGUACAACUACUGAAGAUUUAUUUGGAAAGUAUCAACCAACUUAGAAUGGUUUUGAUUUUAUUUUAGGACCUGUAACAAGAUGUUUCGAUUAAGGAAAAGUUUUAAUUCUCACAAAUUUUGAUGCUCCUGAUUGUGCUUUAACGGAAUCACUAAAUGGAAUUUUAGAAAAGAAAUUUAAUUAAUUAUUAGUUUAAAAUAAAAGAUAUUAAAGACAUUAAGAUUUUGCUAUUAUUGCUUUAUCAUCUGAUUUUCAGUAAUUAGAAAAAAAAAUUACACCAACUUUAAAAAGUAGAUUCUUAAGUUUAUACAUUGAUUUUAAAGUUAAUUUAGAUGAUAUUAAUUUAUUGUUUUAAUCAAUAAGAUAAUCAUAAAGUAUUCAUAAUAUUAAUUAAAUUAAUGAAAAACUAAUGACAUUGGGAUCUUUCAAGACUUCAUAAAAUUUAGGAGGAUAGAUAGAUUAAAUAUCAUUUAAUAAGAUAAUCAGAUUUUUAAAACCAAUUUUAGAAAGUGAGAAAUAUAGUAAAUCUUAAUUUAAUUAAAAAUAAUCAUAAAUAAAUUUUGAAUGUUUAGAUUUCUUCAUAGCCUUAAGUUUACAAGAUAAUAAAUCACUUUUUAAUUAAAAUAUAGCAGUACCCAUUCAUUAUUAAGAAUUAUUAUUAAAUGAUGGUAAAUAAAAUAAUUUUGUUAUUACUGAAUCAAGAAAAAGAGUUGCAGAUAUUAUUGCAUUUGCUAUUAUUGCUAAAAUACCAUUAGUUUUAUAGGGAUCAGCAGGAGUUGGUAAAACAAAAAUUAUUUCUACAUUUUAAUAAACCUGUAAAUUAUUUGAAUCAACUAGUUUUCAUUAUAUUAAUAUGAAUUAAAAUACAGAUAUAAAUGAUUUAAUGGGAUAAUUUCUAUCUACAUGUGAAAAAGAUAAGAUAAAAUUUAUAUUUAAAAAAGGUCCAUUAUUUUUAGGUAUGGAAUAAGGUGGUAUUGUUCUUAUAGAUGAAGCUAAUUUAUCAGAUGCAAGUAUACUCAACUUUUUAGCUAAUGUAGCAAAAUAUCCAUCAGAAUUUCAUGAUCCUGUUUCAAAUCAAAUUAUAAAGGUUCAUGAAAAAUUUAGAAUCUUUUUUGCAUAAAAUCCUCCAUCAUAUAAUGGUAGAAAUUAGCUUCCAGAAACUUUAGCUUCUAAAACUAUAAUAGUUGAAGUCCCUAAUUAUACUUUCGAAGAAGUACUUAAAAUCUGUUCAGAAUCAUAACCUAGUAUGUAAAAUUAAACUUAAACCUCUAUCAAAAAAGCUAUGGAAUAUUUUUUAACUAAAUUAAUACCAUAUCCUAAAAAUGGUGAUGAAAAACAAUUGAAUUAUAAUGGAACUUAAUUUUCUUUAAGGUAAUUCAUUAGAUUUAGAAAUCGAUUAGAGAAAACAUGUUUCUCAACAAAUCAACCUAAUUGGGAAAAUAUCUUAUAAUUACAUUAGAUGAUACUUUUCCCAAAAGAUAUUUCUGAAGAAUAUUCUUUAGAAUGUAAUAUAAAUAAAAUUGGAUUAAACUUAUAUUUUACAAUUAAAAAUCAAUAGGCUUAAAUUGAAAUAUCACUUAUAAUUAAUAAAAAUUAUUCAAAAUAUGAAAUUGCUCAUAAAAAUCUAAACCCUAUUUAAAGAUUGGUAUUAUGUAAAAUAGCAUUUUGUUAUUAUUUUAAAGAAAAUAUUUUAAUAGUUGGUGAUACUUCAUCAAAAACAUAUUUGGCCAAACUAUUUACUUAAUUAGUGUAAUUUUAGAAUCCAUAACCUUUUGAAUUAAUCUAUAUUAAUUCUUAAACCGAAAUUACAGAUUUAAUCGGAAGCAUGGAGUCUCAUAAUCUAAUAUCUUAUUAAUAAUAUUGUAUAAAUUUAAUUAAAAAACUCAAUUAUGGAAAAUAGAUUAUUUUUAAUCAAAAUGAAAAAACUAUAUAAAAUUAUUUAUAAGAAUUAAUAUAAAAAUACAAUUAACCGGAGUUUUUCAAUCAUAUUAUUUAAAAUAUUGGUAAUUAAUUUCACUUUGUUGAAAGAGGAUUGACUUUUAAUGCUAGAUUUGGUGGAGUUGUAUGUUUAAAAAAUAUAUCUUUGGCAGAAUAAUCUGUUAUAGAAGGAUUAAAUUCAUUAUUGGAAAUUGAACCACAUUUUAUAGUAAAUGGAUAAGAAAUUAAAUUACAUAAUGAAUUUUUUGUUAUAGCAAUAAUGAAUACUACAUUUGGAGGUUAAUUAAGUGAUGCAUUGUAAUCAAGAUUAACUAAAGUUCAAAUUCAAGUUCCAUAGAUUAUUAAUUAUACAUAAGAAUUAGAUAUUUCUUAUAAAAAAUAUAUUCUUAAUAAAUUUCCAUAAUAAACUCAAUUUAAUUAAAUCAUAUAGUAUCUAUAAAACCUUCUUAUUUCAAUAAAAGAGUUUAAAGAAUUUUUCUAUUAAAAUAUAUCUGAUCGUAAAAUCUAUUAAUGGAUGAGCUUUUUGAAUUUGGAUUUAGAUGAUGCUACUUAUUAAUAAAAAUUAGCAUUAGGAUUUUAAUUUGUUAUUUUAGAUAAAUAUAAGGUAAAUUUUGAAGAAGUUGUUAAAAAUCCUGAUCUUCAGGAACACUAUAAAGAAGCCUAAAAUAAAAUUUUUUUAAAAUUAAAGGAAAAUUAGUUUUUCAAUUCUCCAAAAAUUAUAAUCAACCCUACUACUAAUAAAAUCUUAUAAAGAAUAUAUUCAGCUAUUACUACAUAAUAUAUACCUUGCCUAAUUGGACCACCUGGAGUAGGAAAAUCUGCAAUUGCAUAAGAAUUUGCUAAGAUUAUGAAAUAAUAAUUCUGUAGAGUAUGUUGUUCAGAUUCUUUGAGUGCAGAAGAUUUAUUCGGUUCUUAUGCACCAAAGAUAGAAAAUAAUAAAGUUUCAUUUGUUUUUUAAGAGGGUUAUUUGGCAUAAGCAUUAGUAUAAAAUAGCCUAAUUUUAUUUGAUGAAAUUAAUCUAGCAUCUCCUGAAAUUUUAAGCACUCUUCAAGCUCUAUUUAACACAGAUGAAAAAGAAAUUACUAUAAAAGAUAGCAAAUACAAUAAAGAAAAAUGCCUAUUUUUAUGUUCGAUGAAUCCAUCUACAUAUUAAGGGAGAUAAGAAUUACCUUAAUGUAUAUCAAAUUUAUUAUGUGAAGUGUACAUUGAAGCAUUUGAUACUGAUUAGGUAAUAGGCAUAUUUUAAUAGAGAUAUAAAAAUGAAAUAAUAUAAUUAUAAAAUUCUGGAAUUAAUUUUAAAAUUAUUUUAGAAUUGCAUAAAGAACUUGCUAUUUUAGCUUAAUAAUAAUACAAAUCUAAUUAUGAUUUUAAUAUUAGAUUUUUGGAAAAUCUACUGUAACUUUUCAAUUAACAAUUUUUAUUGUAAAGAUCAAAAUUAUAUAAUAAUAAGUAUGAAUUAGAAUUAAUAAUUGUUUGUUUAGAUAUUAUAUAUGUAUAACAUUUUUAUUAGACAGAAUUUUCAAAAUAAGUGCUAAAUAUCAUAUUAAAUAAAUUUGGUGUGAGUUAAGAGGAAUGGAAUAAACGAAAAGUUUUUUUAGAGCAAAACGGUAAUAUAGUUAGAAUAAGCAGGUAAAUCGAAAAAUAAUUUAAACCUAUAUUCAAUUGGGUUAUAUCUAAUUAGAUCAUACCUUAACUUUCCAAUAAUUCUUUAGUUAUAAAUUUAUAAAAUUCUAAUAUUUUUGAGAAGCUAUUGAUAGCAAUAAAUUCUAAAAAAAUAAUAUUAUGUUAAGGGGAUGUCUCAUCAGGUAAAACCUCAUGUAUUAUUAAAAUGGCAAAUCUUUUAAAUUAAAGAUUCAUUUUACUUCAAAUACAUAACGAUUUAGAAACAGAUGAUUUGCUUGGUAGUUUUGCCUUAGUCAACCCUAAUUAUGAUUUAAUUUAAAAAUAAUUAGAGAGGAUAUCAAUAAAAUCAAAAUUUGGAAAUUUGAAUGUUGGAUCAUAAUAAAAGUAGAUGAAUAUGAAAUAUGUGGAGGGUGUCUUAAAAAUUUGUUGUAAAUUUGGAUAUUGGUUGAUUCUGGAUAAUAUUAAUUUAGCAAGAGCUGAGAUAGUAGAAAGAUUAAAUUCUUUAGGAGAAGAUUAACCUCGUUUAUAUAAUAAUGAAUUUGGUGAUUCUAAUACUUGUAUAACUCCUCAUAAUAAUUUUCGUUUAAUCUGUUUAUAAAAUCCCACAAGAGUUGAUUAAAAUUAAUUGUCUCCUGCAUUUUAUAAUAGGUGUAUUAAAAUUAAUUUUGAAAUUGAUCUUAAAAAUAAUUUUAUUGAUAUUAUUGAGAUUUUAACAAUAAGAGGAUUUGGGUAAUAAUUCAUUUAAUAAGAUACUGUUGUUUUGGCAAAUAAUUUAUUGAAGUAAGUCAUUUUUAUAAAAGAACAUACAAAUGCUUUAAUUAAUUUAAGAAAUAUUAUAAAAGCAUUCAAAAUGAUUUAAUAAAAUGGAUUUUAAUUUUAUGAUUAAAUAAUGGAAAUUGUUUUUGGACCAGCAUUUAAUGAAUCCAAAAAAAAUCCAUAUUUUCCUAUUUUUGAUUUAAAAUCUCUUAAUGUUGCUGAUUCUAUUAUGGAAAAAUAUACUGAUUUAAUUUUAAAUAAAUUAGUUUCAAAUUCUGUAAAAAGGAUUGUUGAUUAACCCAAUAAAUCGAUAGAUUUAUAAAAUAUUAGUUAAUUUUUAAAAAUACACUUGAGUGAAUAAGAAAUUUAAAAUUAUUAAAGAUUUAUUCAAGGGAUAGGUUAAUAAAUUUAGAUAGUAAAUAUGUAAGAGGAGGAUUAAUAUGACUUAGGAUGUUAUAAAAUUCGAGUUAAAGGAGAAUUAAUUAUUUAAUUAUACAAACAAACUAUGACAAUUUAACCACUAUUUCUAUCAAUAUAUAUUAAUAACAAAGAAUUGUAAAACUUGUUAUUGAAAUCUAAAUGCAUUUUUGAGGAUUAAAAUAUUUUAGCUGAAGCAAAGUUAAAUUCUGAAGGUAAAUUGUAAGUUUAAUUCUAAUAAUCUAAAGAUUUCAUUUUAGUUCCUAUGAUUAAAUCUCUUAUUGGACCAUCUUAUGAAUAGUUUUUUAAGACUUUUUAAAAUAUGCUCUCAAAAUCUGAUAUUGAAUGCUCAAUUUAUUUAGAUCAACAAGUGGAAAUUUUCUUUAAUUUUAAUUUGAGUAAAUAUAUAUUAUCCUUUAUCCCUAAUCUUAAAUUAAAGAAUAUAUCUGGAUAAAUCACUUUAAAUAAGGAUAAUAGUUAUAUUACUUAAUUUUCAAUAAAUUUUGAUUUAUAACUUGAAUUAAAUAAAUAUUUUAUUAAAAAAGGGCAUUUUAGUAGGGUAGAUAAUUUAAAUUCUCUUAGGGGAAUUAUAAAAAUACCAAAAGAAGAUUAAAUAAAUAUUUUUUAAGAUUAUAAUUGUUUCCAUUUUUUUUCAAAUAUUGAGAUAAUUUAAUCUCAUAAUUUUGCCUCAUUUUUAGAUCUCAAAGAGAGUAGAAUAGAAAUAAAUUUAGAAUGUGAGAAUCCUAUUUAAAUCUAUAAGUUACCAUUUUCCAUAAGAAUAAAUAGAAUUUUAGCAAAUAUUUUAUUAAAAUAAAAAAUUACUUUAAAUGGAAGUAUUUAAUGUUCUUUUCAAAUAUUAUAAAAUAAUAUUUGUAAUUUAACAGCAUUAAUUGAUAAAACUCAUUUAAAAUUACAAUUAUCUGAUGAAUAACAUUAAAAUAAUUGUUAAAAUUUCAUUAAAUAAAUAUUUUUGAAAUAUUAUGAUCAUAAUAAUUUCUUUAUUUAGCAAUUUGAGGAGAGCAGAAAGGCAACUGUAAAGAAAUUAGACUUAAUAACUAAUGCUAUAUAUUGGCAUUUUGAAUUAAUUUUUUAAUUAAAUUGGAAAAUAAAUAUUUUUAAGAAUGCUCAUAUAGAAAUUGAAAAUAUGAACAUACUUUGUCAUAUUGAUUCUUAAGCAACUUUAUAUACUAUGAGUUGCACCAUUGAAAUCCUUAAAUUUAUUUUUGAAAUUGAGCUUGUUUUUGACUUUUUAUCUUUCUUUUCUUAAGAAAAGAAUAGAUGUCUUGCGAUGAUUUUCAAAAGAGGAAAAAAUUCACCAAUGUUCAAAGAAAUUAUUAAUGCUUUUUCAAGUGAUUUGAAAAAUUAAUUAUAAAUAAUAUCUGGAUUUAAUUAGUUAAAAACUAUAUAAUUUUAGAGGAAUGAAGGUUCUUAAUAAUUAUUCGAUUUUGAUAAUUUUAAGAAAUAAGGAGAGUAACUUAAAUAAUAAUUUGAAGAUGAAGUUCAUCAGAUCAAAAAAUUUGGCUGUAAUGAAUAUAAAUUAAGAUUUGAAAACUUCUAAUCCGAUUUAAAUAAAAAAAUUGAUUAAGAAUUGAAGUUAAAUUAGCAAUAAAAUAUGUAAGAAGCUAUAAUUUAGAAAUUAAAAUGUUCUCAGGAAUCUUAUAUAAUAUGGAGUGAUUAAGUUGAGUUGAAAUUUAAAGUUGAUCUAUUAAAUCCAUGGAUUGUAUCCAAAAUCUUAACUCUUUGUUAAUGUAAUUUAAAUGUAGAAGGAAAAAAUUAAAUAUUUGAACUUAAAUUAAUGGGUUUAGUAAAAUUUAUGAAUAUGAGGCUAAAUAGAUUUUAGUUGUAGCUAACACCAAAUAGACCAUUAGAUUUAAAAAUUGAAAAUGAACCUUUAAUAAUGUAGAUCCAUCCUAUUAGUUUUGGUUUUGGCUUGUUUGGAUAAUAGUUUGAAGAAAUAGGGUUAUUUCCUAAAUUAGAUUAAAUUAUUAGAUUUAAUUACAAUAUUAUAUCUCAACAGUUUUAUGGAGAGUUUAAAGUUGUCAAAGAAAAUAUUAAACAACAUUUUGUUGAUUUUUCAUUAGAAAAUAUUUAAUUACAAUUUAGUUCAUCUGAUAAUUUAAAGAAUUUUUAAGCAAUAUUGGAAAUGAAAGCCAUUUUUUUUAAGUAAGAAAUCAAUUUUUAUUUAUAAUUUUUAUCUAACACAUUUAAUGAAUCUAAAAAUUCAAGCGUUUAAUUAAAAUUUAAUUGCCAUACAAUAAAGAAUUUUUGUUUGAAUGAAUUCUUAAAGAAUAGUGUUGGAAUAACUUUAGCUUAAAAAAAAGUAGAGUUUAAUAUUGAAAAUUUUGAGUUCUUAUUAAUACUAUAGAAGACUCCAUAGUGGCAACACUCGAUAUUAUUAUAAAUAAAAAACAGUUAAUGUAAAAUGCUAUAAAAUUAUAUAACAUUAACAAAUUUGAAUGGAUAGUUAGUUUACAAACAGUAAAGUUGGAUGGACAGUUGUAUAUCAGGAAUAUGUUUACUUAGAGAUUACAAUUUAGGUUCUUUUAAUCUGGUUUUUAAUAAAGAAGUAAACGGACUUGAAGCUAAAUUUUAAUUAAAUCCUAAAUUUUAGAUAAAAGAUUUUUUAUCCACUGUUUUUAGUUAAUAAAUGAAUUUUAUUUGCUUUUAAAAUGUAAGACUUGAUGAAAUUAAAGUUUUUCUAGGUCUUUAUAAUAAUAAAACUAUAUUUGAGCUAAAAUAUGAAGUCAAAAUGUUUUCGUGGAAUAGUAUUUAGGCUAUAAAAUUGAAAAAUAUUUUCUUCAUAUUUUUAUUAAUUGAAGAAAAUCAAAUAGAGAAGAAAUCAAAUAUAUAAUUUGAAUUAGAAAUUUUUAACAAUAUUAAGUUGAGUACUAAAAUAAAUAUAGAUCUAUUUCAAUUAAAGUAUAAAACAGAAUUUGAUUUUGAAUUACAAAAUAUAAAUCUGAUAUAUUUAAUAGAAAAAUUAAAUCAAAACUAUUCAUUAAGAAUACCUUAAUAUGAAUUUUUUAAUGACAUUAAUUUAAAUAUUAACUGUAAAUUAAUACUAGAUUAGAAUUUUAAUUUCAAAAUAUUUUCAAUUGAGUCUUAAAAAGAUAUAAACUCUUAAUGGCAUAUAUUUAAAAUUUUUAAUUUUCAAUUGAAAUCAAUUUAAGAAAACAAUUUUCAUACAUUGAAUUUAACAUGUAAUUUAACUAUUUUUGAUAUUCCAAUAAUACUUUAAUAUGAUCAGAAAAGAUAAGCUUUUAUAUUCAAAAAAUUGAAUAAUUAAAUUAGUGCUGAAUAAAUAUUUUCCUAUAUAUAACAAAAGGAUUAGAGUUAAUUAUUAAAUUUAGAAUACAAAGAUUUUUCUAUCGCUAAAAAAGAACUUCAAAUCAUUGAUCUGAAUAUUAAAUAAUAAAAUAUAAUAUUCAAACUUAUUGAGCAUAAUCACAACAUCAACCUUUAUUUAAAUUAAACCAAACUUUCAUUAAUUUUCUAAUAUUAAUUUGAAAAUGAUAAAACUUAAUUUAAGGAAAUUAUUGAAAAUUUAUCAGAAUUAGACUAAAUUUUUUAAUUAGAAAAAGGAGAUUGUUUAAUUAUAUAUUCAAGUAAAAAUGACUAACCCUUUGUUACUGAAAUUAAUUUAAAUAAAUGCUAUUAAAACUACUUGAAUUUUAAAUAAAAAGGAUAAUUAAAAAGAACAGGAUUUAGUUGUUUUGCUAAUUGUACUGCGUUAUUUAAAUAGCAACUUCAAUAAAUUCUAUUUUUUAUUCCAUAAAAUAUAGAUCUAGACAUCUCUUAUUAAUUUGAAACACAUUUUCUUGUUGAAAGCAAACAGAUUCAUUUUCAAAAGGGAAAUUUUUAAAGUGUUUAUCAGUUUAGAAAAUUAUUAUCAAGCAUUUCUUAAAUUGAAUUGUAAUUAAAGUAUUCUUAUCACACAUUUGGAUAUAUGGUAUAUAAUGGCAUUGUUUAAUUCGAGAAUGGUUUAAUGACAGGAAAGUUUGAUAUAGCUUUCAAAAAAGCUUUUGGAUAAGAGUAGUUCAAUUUUUUGGGAACCAAUUAACUAUCAUUUCAUUAAAAUAAUAUUACAUCUGUGGCAAAUUUAAAUGCUAAGAUUUAUGCUGGUUAUGCAGACCUCAUUAUAUUUUAUUAUAACCAUUUUAUCCCAAAAACAUGGGCCUUUAAUUUUGUUAAUAUCAAUUUAUAAACUGCUUUAGAAUUUUUUAAAUUAGGCACCAUUUUUCCAAAAGAAUUCUUUUAAAUAUUUUCCAAAGCUAAUCAAAUCAUUUUUAUUAAUGGAUAAAUAGACUCAAAUUCUUAAAACUAUAAUCUUCCAAAUGAAUUAAUGGAAAAGUUUGGUAAUUCUAAAUUCUUCAGCCUUUUGUAAAGAUUUGAUAAACUAGAUUUUUCGAAAUUUAAAAUUGAAUUUGAUAUUUUAGCUUUUCCUAAUAUAUAAUUUACUUAGUAUCGCCAGGUUUUUAUUAUGAUAGAAACUCGAGAAUAAGGGGAUUGUUUUUCGUCUUGUUGUCUAUUAUAUAAUAAUGAAAAUUAAUAUCUAGGUAAAGGGGAAAUAACAAUUAAUAUCCCUAAUUUUAUCUUUAAUAUUAUGGUCGACAUAAUCAUAGAUUAAAAAGAUAAAAGCUUUAUAGCUGAUGGAGAUUUUUAGAUUAAAUUAUUUUAAGAAUGUAUAAAAACUUCAGCAAAAUAUAAAAAAGGGAUAGGUUUUAAUUUGAAUUUUAAAAUAAGUUUGAAUAACAUGUUUUUUAUAGCAUGUUUUGAUCUACUAUUAAUGAAGAAUUAAAAAUUAAGAGGAUUAUUGAAAUUUAAUGUAAAUAAAUUACCAGAUAUGAUUAAUAAAUAAAUAUUUUUUCAAUUUUGUAAAAUCAGAAAAUUUGAGAUUUAAAUAAGAUUUGAUAAGAAUUUUGAAGUUAUAUUCGAAUAUAAAAUUUAAUUUUUCAUAUUCAAAUAAUUUAGUUUAAGAAAAAAAAUUUUAUGGAAUAUAUGUUAAAUUUAAGAAAACUUUGAUAUGGUGAUCUAAAAAAUUUAGGGAUUAUUAAGUAUUUUUGAUUAAGGAGAAUAAAUUAAAGAUGAAAAAAGUUUAAAAGAAAAAAUUUAUAACAAAAAAUAGUAAUUUAAGGAUUAUUAUUUGAGAGUAUUAAAUCUGGACAUUUCUGGAUAAAUUGAUUAAAUUCAUAAUGAAAUGGAAAAUAUUAAUUAAAAAAAAGAUAAGGAUUGGAGUAAAAGGGAAAAUUAAUAGUAGAAAAUAACGGAGAUAUAAGAAGAAAAAACUUAGCAAAAAAAUUUAAUAGAAUAACAAAAUUAAUAAAGCAAUAAAGUUGAAGUUGAAUAAAAGUUUAAAAAUUAUGCAGAUUCAAUAGUUCAAAAAUAAAACUAAAAUAACAUUAAGUUUACCUAAACAUCAACUACCAACAGUAUUGGAUAUUCAUAAAUAAAAUAAAUAGAUGAAAAUAGAGGUGGGUUGAUUUAGACAUCAAAUAUGUAAAACUUUUCAUAAUCUCUUAUCUAAUAACCAAUUUAAAGUAGCAACUAGGUUAUAUAAAAUUAAUCUAAUAUCAACAAUAGAUUUAUGGUUGAUCCCUAACUAAAUUAAUAUAAUAGUUAUAUAACAUAAACAUCAUCUAAUACAAAUAAUGGAUAAACCCUUUUAACAUAAACAAAUCCUAAUAAUACUUAGUUAACUUAAACAUCAUCUAAUACAAAUAAUGGAUAAACCCUUUAAACAUAAACAAAUCCUAAUAAUACUUAGUUAACUUAAACAUCAUCUAAUACAAAUAAUGGAUAAACCCUUUAAACAUAAACAAAUCCUAAUAAUACUUAGUUAACUUAAACAUCAUCUAAUACAAAUAAUGGAUAAACCCUUUAAACAUAAACAAAUCCUAAUAAUACUUAGUUAACUUAAACAUCAUCUAAUACAAAUAAUGGAUAAACCCUUUAAACAUAAACAAAUCCUAAUAAUACUUAGUUAACUUAAACAUCAUCUAAUACAAAUAAUGGAUAAACCCUUUAAACAUAAACAAAUCCUAAUAAUACUUAGUUAACUUAAACAUCAUCUAAUACAAAUAAUGGAUAAACCCUUUAAACAUAAACAAAUCCUAAUAAUACUUAGUUAACUUAAACAUCAUCUAAUACAAAUAAUGGAUAAACCCUUUAAACAUAAACAAAUCCUAAUAAUACUUAGUUAACUUAAACAUCAUCUAAUACAAAUAAUGGAUAAACCCUUUAAACAUAAACAAAUCCUAAUAAUACUUAGUUAACUUAAACAUCAUCUAAUACAAAUAAUGGAUAAACCCUUUAAACAUAAACAAAUCCUAAUAAUACUUAGUUAACUUAAACAUCAUCUAAUACAAAUAAUGGAUAAACCCUUUAAACAUAAACAAAUCCUAAUAAUACUUAGUUAACUUAAACAUCAUCUAAUACAAAUAAUGGAUAAACCCUUUAAACAUAAACAAAUCCUAAUAAUACUUAGUUAACUUAAACAUCAUCUAAUACAAAUAAUGGAUAAACCCUUUUAAUAUAAUCAAAUUCCAAUAAUACUUAGUUAACUUAAACAUCAUCUAAUACAAAUAAUGGAUAAACCCUUUAAACAUAAACAAAUCCUAAUAAUACUUAGUUAACUUAAACAUCAUCUAAUACAAAUAAUGGAUAAACCCUUUAAACAUAAACAAAUCCUAAUAAUACUUAGUUAACUUAAACAUCAUCUAAUACAAAUAAUGGAUAAACCCUUUAAACAUAAACAAAUCCUAAUAAUACUUAGUUAACUUAAACAUCAUCUAAUACAAAUAAUGGAUAAACCCUUUAAACAUAAACAAAUCCUAAUAAUACUUAGUUAACUUAAACAUCAUCUAAUACAAAUAAUGGAUAAACCCUUUAAACAUAAACAAAUCCUAAUAAUACUUAGUUAACUUAAACAUCAUCUAAUACAAAUAAUGGAUAAACCCUUUAAACAUAAACAAAUCCUAAUAAUACUUAGUUAACUUAAACAUCAUCUAAUACAAAUAAUGGAUAAACCCUUUAAACAUAAACAAAUCCUAAUAAUACUUAGUUAACUUAAACAUCAUCUAAUACAAAUAAUGGAUAAACCCUUUAAACAUAAACAAAUCCUAAUAAUACUUAGUUAACUUAAACAUCAUCUAAUACAAAUAAUGGAUAAACCCUUUAAACAUAAACAAAUCCUAAUAAUACUUAGUUAACUUAAACAUCAUCUAAUACAAAUAAUGGAUAAACCCUUUAAACAUAAACAAAUCCUAAUAAUACUUAGUUAACUUAAACAUCAUCUAAUACAAAUAAUGGAUAAACCCUUUAAACAUAAACAAAUCCUAAUAAUACUUAGUUAACUUAAACAUCAUCUAAUACAAAUAAUGGAUAAACCCUUUAAACAUAAACAAAUCCUAAUAAUACUUAGUUAACUUAAACAUCAUCUAAUACAAAUAAUGGAUAAACCCUUUUAAUAUAAUCAAAUUCCAAUAAUACUUAGUUAACUUAAAUAUCAUCUAAUACAAAUAAUGGAUAAACCCUUUAAACAUAAACAAAUCCUAAUAAUACUUAGUUAACUUAAACAUCAUCUAAUACAAAUAAUGGAUAAACCCUUUUAAUAUAAUCAAAUUCCAAUAAUACUUAGUUAACUUAAAUAUCAUCUAAUACAAAUAAUGGAUAAACCCAUUAAGCAUAAACAAAUUCAAAUAAAUAUUAGUUAACAUAAUAAUAACAUGCAAUAAGAACUAUUGAUAAUGAUACAAAUACAAAUUAAAAUAUUUAAAAAAAACCCAUUAUAUUAUUCAACUAAUUUCCAUUAAUUUUUUUUAAUAAUGUAAAUGGUUUAUUCGAUGAUUAUUUCAAAUCCAACAUUUAUUAUUUUACUAAAGUAAGAAACUUAGAAAAGGAUAAUCACUACUUUCGUGACCAACUUAUAGAUCAACAUUUAAAAGAAGAUAAUUGUAAUUAGAGAGGGGUAUUUACAUAGUAUAAUUAAUUAAUUUAAAUGGCAGAAAACUAUCUUUACUCAUAUUGGAGAUACUAUACAAAACCUUAUAUAUCUAUCAAUUAAUUAUCAUUUAGAAUUAUAAUCAUAGAUUAAUAUGUAGAUUAAUAAUUUCUUUAAGAUUUUGGAUAAUUAUUAUUACAAUUAUCUUUUCUUAAUUUGAAUUAUGAUUUAAUCUUAUCUGGAUAAAAUUAGCCAAUAUUCUUAAAGCAAAAAGAUGAGACUUUAACAAUUGAUCUUCUUGAUAAAAUUUUACAUGCACUUAUUGGGAAAUGUAAUUAGGAUUUUAUAUUAGUAAAAGAAAAAGCUUAAAAUAAUAAUGAUUUUGUAUUACUAUUUACUAAAUAAUUAUUUGAAAUGUCAAUUAAUUGUAAAAUGGAAUUAUAAAAUGAAGGAUUAAAUACGAUUAUUCAAUUUCAAGAUCAAAAUCAUUUUAACACAAUAGAUAUUAAAAAUGGACAAAUUAUUAGUAGUUCGAAUAAUAUAUUCGAAUUAUUAAUUCAAAUUUAACAAUAAUCAUCAGUAUAAAAACAAUAAAUGUUUUAUAAUCAUCAAGAAAAAGAGGAAUUAAAAAAUAACAUUUUUAGAUUAGAUUAUUAGAUAGACUAAAAAGAAGCAAAUAGUUUAAGAGGAUUACUAGAGAUUAAUAAAUAUACAAAAUAUUCUUUAUCAUCAAAAGGAACUACUAUAGAUAUAAAAGGUAUCAUCAAAUUUUUUUGUACUAAUGGAACUGCUAGGGAUAUAUUGAGGAGAAAAAAUAGAGGUGGAAAGUCUCUUUAUCUUUUUGAGGUUGUUUUAGAUUUAAGUUCAAUGUCAAAGGCAAUACUAUUAGAAAUUGUAUUACCCUUUUUAUAUUAAUUGAUUGCAAUAUGUAAGGAAUGUUAGAUAAUUUGUAAUUUGGCAAUUUUAAAUAAUGCUCUAAUUAUCAUAAAGUCAAAUUUCUCUACUACAUGGACGGAUUCUGAAUAUUCAUUAUUAACUUAACACCUAAUUGAUAAUUUUGAUUAAGUAUCGACAAAUAGUAAUGUUAAAGUAUUCUAAUAUAUCUUAGAUUAAUUUGAGAAAUUUAUCCAUUACAAAAAAUUUUUGAUAUUUAUUAAUCACUCUUUUUAUAAUUAUCAAUUCCAAGAACUUUCAUAAAAAAUUAAUUUGGCUUAAUAAAAGCAAAUAAAAAUAGUAUCUUUAGGAGUAGAUAUAAAAAAAUAUAUCAAUCGUUCAAUUGAAGGAGUUAUUUAGUAUUCAUUGUGUCAAUCAUAGGAUUUAUAUAUAAUUCUAAAAAAAUUGUUUACUAAAGUUUUGGACUCUGAAAAUUUAAACUAGAUCUUCUAGUUUUAGCAAAAUAUCAAUUAAUAUCCAAGAAAAUUAUAACUUCUGAAAUUUAGUUCAAAAGAUAUUUAAAUUAAUUUUUAUUUGAAUAAAUAUUUUAAUUAUAGAAUAGAUGAUAAAUAAGAUGAGGGUUUUGAAAGAAUUCCUUUUUUCAAAGUGGAUCCAUUGUUAUUUCAUCUUCUAAUGUUAGAAAAUGAAAUGAAAAUUUUAAAAAAUUUAAUCAAUCGACAUCAAAUAGAAAAAUAAAAUAAAUGA